AUGGAGGCCGUUGUGCAGAGCAUUAUCCAUGUGGUUCAUCAUGGGUCGGCAGAGGCGGAGUUCCAAGGUCGCGUGCUGCUGUUCCCGACUCUGGAAGCGCUUCUGGAGGCAGCCGAUUCGACUUCCAACGCUCGACAAGGUCUCCCCCGCAGGAGCUGGCUGUCGAGAUACAAAGUUCAUACGCAGUCCAUCCUCUGGAUCCAGCCACUUAGGAGAAAAGGCCUCGUUGAACUCGACAAGACUUCGGUCACCGUUCGCCCCUUGUGGAAUCGUGAUGGUUCUCGUCCCACCCUCUCGGUUGUCAUGCGCGUCGGUAACCGACUCCACCCGUGGUAUGGUCAAGCUUCCCUGCAGCAAUCACAAACGGGCAACGCUAGACCACUCCAUCUCGAGAUAGGCGUCCGAGCCAAGAUUCUUCGCUCGAUCCUUGUCGGAGUGAGUGUCCACCAACCGAAUUGGACAAUCGCCGCCACCCCGGCCCGGCAGAUCUUGGCGUUACGUGAAAGGCAGACAAAACAUGCCAUUGGCUCUACGGCUGUCCGCCAGUCUGCGGCCUUUCAUUGGGGCCAUCCUGUGGCGGUCAGACCUCUUCCCGAGUUCAAGGUCACGAGACACGAAGCUUAUCAGGCACACGGGGUGGAGCUUCUCAUCAUUCCCUUUCAGGUUCCUUCGGCACGUGAAGAGUGUGGAGGGUGGAGCGACGACGUCGCGUUGAUUCACCCAGGGCUUCUGACCUAA